AUUCUCAAAAAAGGAAAAAAAAAAAAAAAAAGAAAGAAAGAAAAAAGAAAGAUUGCACUAACUAUAUCGCAUAAAUAUGAUUCUAAUAAUUGAAUAAUGUGAUGUAUAUUAGGUUAUUUGCUGUGCUGGGUGUAAAUUCUGUUUCCUUUUGCUCUGCAUAUGCUCCACUCCGCCCAGCAGGCUUUCAUGUGAGCUGUGCUGUAUUUAGAACAUGCAUUCACAGUUAACCCGGAGAGUCCAGCUCUAACUCUGCCUUUCUCCAUUCUCAUUUAAACCCCUUUCCUCUGAAAUCUUCAGCACUGAAGUGUUGGCUUUAUACACUGAGGAAAAGCGCAUCAGUGGAGUGAUAACUCCAGAGACAGGGGACAGGAACUGGCUGUAAUCUUCGCCUACAGGGCAUGUCUGGGUCUGUGUCGACGACCUGUCCGAGUCAGGAAAAAGGGAAGUAAAUAUAAACUGGAGUGAGGAACUUGAGGUUGAGGAACACAGACAGUGUAUGAGUUCAGCAGCAGCGGCGGCUGUGGUGGUGGUGGAGGAGGAGGAGGAGGAGGUGGUGGUGCUGGUGGGGUUCUGAGCCAUGGACCCUGAGCUAGAGGAGUCAGUUGGGUCAAUGGAGAGCUCAUGGACUCUUCUAUCAUGGCUGGCUUCAUGUGUGAUGGUGUUUGGGGGUGCAGUGCCAUACAUUCCCCAGUACCAGGAGAUCCAGAAGACCAGCAACACUGAGGGCUUCUCCACCCGUGUGUGCCUGGUUCUGCUCAUCGCUAAUAUACUGCGCAUCUUCUUCUGGGUCGGGAAGCAGUUUGAGCUGACUCUUCUUGUGCAGAGUGUGGUGAUGAUUCUAACCAUGCUGGCUAUGCUACACUUGUGCUGCACUGUCCAGAUUAGCAACCGUGUCAGCACCAAACAGCACCGCAUCACAGACCUGGACGUGCGGUAUUUUUGGCGAUGGAGUGCUUUUGAGGACUAUUUGCUGUUCUGUUUCGGCUUCACGCUGCUGUGUGCCUUCUUCACGCUCCUGUUCCUGGACUGGGUGGUGUUUGUGGAGUCUCUGGGCUCAUUGGCCGUGCUGUUUGAGGCCAUGCUGGGUCUGCCUCAGCUGUUACAGAACUACAACAACGGCUCCACCCGAGGCAUGAGCAUAAAGAUGGUGCUCCUGUGGACUGCUGGUGACAUUUUCAAGACUACGUACUUUGUGAUUAAUGAAAGCCCCGCCCAGUUCUGGGUGUGUGGGAUGACCCAGAUUUUGAUUGACAUCGCCAUUCUGGUGCAGGUCGGCUACUAUGGUCUGGACUCCAGAGCUAAAGUGGGAUGAGGAUGACUUCUCCGGAAAAAGGUCUCCACUCUCAAACAAGGGCUCCUUAACUAUGUGCAUGUGCGCUUCUUUUAUUUUCUUUAGUUCGAAACUUAUUUAAAUGUUUGUGUCAGUUUUUUUUACGCUAUUUAUAUUUGUAGUUACAUUGCUGUUGAGCAGGUGCACUGUUCAAAGGAAAGAGACGCUCCCAUAAUGUAUCUUGUCAAAGGUUUGCCACAAUUAUGUGUUAUUCGUUCCAUAUAUCCAUUAAGUCUCUGCUUAGAGACGUGUUACUGAGCUUGGCAAACCAUGAGAAGAGCCCCAAGCGUUUUUAGUGAAAUGUGAGCUGGCAGGCGGCUCCAGAGAGAGCGUGCCAAAUUCAUCUGCAAAUCUGCACCACUUGAUCUACACUUUGGACUGUUCCACAGCCAGAACUGUCCCAUCCACUCACCAUCCUGAAAUCAUUUGCUAAAUCUGCACCUGUCUCUAUGUGGAUGUAGAAAAAGACAGAUUUCACUAUGUGGUUCUGUAUCAUUUUUAUAGACUUCAGCCUCUAGGAUGAUACUGUUCCAGCUGAAAGAACAAUGAGAGUGUUCACUGAAUCUGUAUGAAUUCCUUCAUUUCCACUUGAAGAAUCCUGUAAAAAAAAAUCAUUGUUCUAAAUCUUUGCACCCCAGUAUAGUUCUUCAAGAUGGUUCCCAAAGAGUUACACAAUUUAAUGAAGCCAUGAUAGCUGAAAUCCACUUAUCUUUGAAAUAUAGAAUAUUAGGCCUACACUCAUUGGAAGAAAAGAAAAGAGACUAUAGAAGGGUUCUUGGUUUUCAACCUGUGGUUGUCCACCUGCGGAGAACCUGUAAAGGUUCUAUGUACAUCCAUACGACUGAGUGUUUUCCUAUCAGAGAGGAACUGUUUUAGGAAAAGCGUUUUUGUUUGUUUGUUUGUUUGUUUGUAUACAGAGGUGCCAACAUCUUUGAGUUUUAAACCCUUGUUACAGCGAUAUGCAAGACACCUGAAAACAGAAAAGCGGUUCACUGAAGGGAAAAGGACUCGAGAUGUGAAAAGCAUGCAUUUGCUUCUUAUCUAGGUGAACUUUGACCUGUGAAUUUACAAACCAAACCAAGUAGGCAGGAAUGUCGUCUCUUUAAUCAGUAAAAAUGGAAGAGCUGUUUAUUAUAAAGGAGCAGCCAUGCCAGAGUGUUGCCUUGCUGUUUUCUUACUAUUGCUUGGCGCACAUCUGGGGUAAAAAAAAAAAAACAACAAAAAAAAAAACACCAUCUCGUCUACUGACAUGCGUUUGAGUUUCUGUUGUAAAAUUCUGUUUUUUCUUUCUGCCUGCUAGGAUUUUCUUAUUAGCAAUGUUGGCACCUCAAGUGUUUAUACAUCUCCAGAAGAAUUUUUCAUUUGAUCAAAAAGGUGGAAUGCUUUGAACCUUUUUUCGAAAUAUUUUUUUUCCCUAGAACCUCUUGUUGUUGAUUUAUACAUAGAACCAAAGAAACAAACCAAGCAUACUACCCUUUAAGGUAUUACCUGGAACCAUUCUUCUGAGGAGUCAUGGAUAGUGAUGUAUUUACUGUUAUUAGUUACUGAUAGAGAUUUUCUGUUUAUGAUUAAAAAAAACCUGUAUUUCAGAAGUGUGUUGUAACCACAUGCACACAGAUUAGAUUUUAGUUUUAGCUCUAAUAGUGGAAAUAAAACCAAACUAGAUAAGGAUAAUUGUGAACCUUUUCCGGUACAUUAGCGCUCGAAUACUUUACUGGUUUAAUGGCAUAGAUAAUGGCAUAAACACUGCAUCCCUUUCAUUGGACUGAUGCUAUGCUCAUGUGUUUAUUGAUGCUGAAAACAGUAAGACUGAGACCAUCAUUUAUUGGUUAGCCAGGAAACUGGUGCAAAUGUUGAAAGGCAGUCUGUGAUGAGACUUCCAUCAGGAAGCCGUUCCACACCAUUAAGCAUCACGCCAGUGCUGUGAGUGAGACGCUAUUGAUCAUUGACCCUAUAACUUUGAAUCCUGCCCCAGUGCCUAACAGCUGCAGGGUAUGUCUAUCUGCCUCCUAUAAGCCCUGCGGCAUCUCCCUCGUUUUCACUCUCACGUCUCACUGUUUGGAGAAAAGAAUGCUUCAGUUCUCAGUGGGUCUUACACACUGCAGUGUGAUUACAGUGAACUGAGAGUGAAUGAGUGUUAGACAUGGUUAAUCCCCACAAGGAUGGGGCUGUCUGACAGUUUUGACCUUGUGGAGACAUUUGCGUGGUCCCCACAAGGAGAACUUCCUUUUUUUCUUUUACAGAAACUGCUGUUACAAAAUAGGUGUACAAAAGAGUCAAAUGUUUCUUUUUUUUAGGUACUGAGGUGAAGGUUAGGGUUAGGUGUAGGUGUAGGUAUAGGCAUAGCAUUCAUUAGCUGCGUUAAUACACUAUAUAGCCAAAAGUUUGUGGACACCUGACCAUCAGACUCACGUGUGAUUGUUGAACAUCCCCGUUUCCUGUUAUAAUAACCUCCACUCUUCUGGGAAGGCUUUCCACUACAUUUUGGAGCGUUGAUGUGGGGGAUUUGCCCAUUUAGCUACAAGAGUAUUAGUGAAAUCAGGCAUUGAUGUGCUCUGUGCAGGCCACUCGAGUUCUUCCACUCCAACCUGGACAAACCACGUAUUAAUGGAGCUCGCUUUGUGCACAGGGGCAUUGUAAUGCCAGACCAGUUUUGGGCCUCUUAGUUCCAGUGAAGGGAAACUGUAACGCUACAGCAUACCAAGACGUCCUGUACAACUGUGUGCUUCCAGCUUUGUGGCCACUGUUUGGGGAAGGAGCACAUAUGGGUGUGGUGGUCAGGUGUCCACAAAAGUAUGGCCAUACAGUGUCAAUAUUUAAAUGAAAGUUCCUCACAAGGAAAGUAAGACAAGUCUGUGUGUGUGUUAGGUUACACAAUGAUGAUAGUCAUAUCUUCCUCUAAUUUGUCUCUAUCAGUUAUGACAUGUCGAUCUUGAAAGCAGCUGUUCCCUCACUAAUACAGAUCCGAUGCUGUCCCUCUGAUCAAACACAGCUGAAUAUGUAUGGUUUAUCAUGGUGCUAUUUUAAGAGGUAUUACAAGUGUUUAUUAUUUUCCCAUCAGGUUUUCCUAAACCAUAUAAAUAUAGCUAUUUACUCACUUACUUCCAUGUCACUUUGCAUUUUGCUUUCUAUGUAUGCAGUGCUCUUGUAUGACAUACAUAUUCAUAUAAUACAAAUAUAUCACAAUGCAAAGCUUUUAAGAGCUCUAGUAACCAAAGAGAUUCUUUUCUCCAACAUAUAAUGUCCAAUACAAACACGUGUGGUGUAAAUGUGUAAAUGUGUUUGCAUGACUGGUGAAUGGCUUAGCUCUUGAUUUUAUAGUGUGCUAUUGUGAAUUGUAGAUGAGUUUCUGAUGAGCAUGGUCAAUCAUGUGAAUAAUGCAGUGCGAUUAUGGCUGUUUAAUGAUGCCUUAAUAUUUGAUACUUUAUUGGAUUCUUGUCACACACAAGCUUUGAGAAAGACUGCACUCCAAAACACACACAAAAAAAAAACCUUCCUGAACCUUGACUGAUUUCUGCACAGAUUGAUGUUCACAUUAUGUCUCAUACUCAGCGAAAUGUUACUGAAAGCCAAUGACUGAAGUGUUUUUCAGGGAGGACAUUUAUUAAACAAAUGAAACAAUGAAA